AUGACAAACUCUCUCAAUGCCCACGUCCUUCAAAGAAGGAAACAAAAGGCCAUUGAAUUCUUGAAGGAAUAUGCCAAGGAGAAUAACUUUGAAAUCAAGGUGGAUAAAGUUGGAAACUGUUUGAUUAAAGUACAAGCUACUCCUGGAUAUGAGAAUGCUCCAACUGUUGCUAUUCAAGGACAUAUUGAUAUGGUCUGUGAGAAAAAUAAAACAACCCAACACGAUUUUGAUAAUGACCCAAUCACUCUCCUUCGUACUGAAGAUGGAGAAUGGAUCGAAGCUAAUGGAACUACUCUCGGAAGCGAUAAUGGUAUUGGUGUUUGUACAGGAUUGGCUCUUGCUGCUGAUAAGGACACAAUUCACGGUCCAAUGGAAUUGUUGUUGACCAUUGACGAAGAAACUGGCAUGACAGGUGUCAUGGCAUUGACUCCUGACUUUUGCACUGCCAAAUAUUUGUUAAAUUUGGAUGCUGAGGAGCUUGGUGCUUUCUAUGUUGGAUGUGCUGGUGGUAUGGAUACUGUUGCUACAUUCAAAGUUGUGGAAGAGGAGUUGACAAAUCCAUCGGAAUAUGAGCAAGUAUCGAUCAUGGUUGGUGGUUUGAAAGGAGGUCACUCUGGUAUUGACAUUCACACUGGUCGUGGAAAUGCAAUUAAAUUAUUGGGAAGAACAUUAAAAUAUGUGUUGGAUGAUGUCACACCCGAGAAUGUUAAGGUUUACUACAUUGAAGCAGGUUCCAAGAGAAAUGCAAUUCCAAGAGAAGCUUGGGUUAAUGCCUAUGUUAGAAAGGAUAAAUUAGAGGCUGUCAAGCAAAGAGUUGCCUCCUUUGAAAAGCUCGCCUAUGGUGAAUACAGUGUUGUCGAACCUGGAUUGAAGAUUUCUGUUCAACCAGUUGAAACUCCAACUACCUCAACCAAGGUCAUUACCUCUGAAUUGUUGAACAAGUUGAUUAGCGUUAUUUUUGCUUGUCCUCAUGGCGUCAUUCAAAUGAGUCCUGUUAUUGAAGGUCUUGUUGAGACAUCAACCAAUUUGGCCAUCAUUACUACACGUGAUGGUAAGAUUGAAUUCUGCACCUCACAAAGAUCCAGUGUUGAAUCUGCCAAGGUUUAUGCUGCUACUGCAGUUGGUUCUGUUUUCAGACUUUCUGGAGCUGAAGUUAAACAUGGAGAUGGUUAUGUUGGAUGGCAACCAAAUAUGGACUCGCCUCUUCUCAAACUCUGUAAAGACGUCUAUACUCAAAAGUAUGGCUCAACACCAGAGAUUAAGGCUAUUCAUGCUGGUUUGGAAUGCGGAUUGCUCUUGGAAACUUAUCCAAACAUGCACAUGAUUUCCUAUGGACCAACCAUUGUUGGGGCUCACUCUCCAGAUGAAAAGGUCAGAAUUGCUGAUGUUUCUCAUACUUAUGAGUUGACUAAGGCCAUUUUGGAAGCUAUUGCCAAGCAACAUUAA